UGUACCAAAAAGAAAAAAGAAGAACAAAUCUUGAACCUCUUGAUGCAAUGGUGAGAUCAAUCCAAGAAGGAGACUUGAUGGCGUCUUCACCUUCUUCCUCUUCAACAACCACAACCAACGAAACCGACUCCGACGGUUCCCUCAGCCCAUCCUCCUCCUCAAAAAGCUUCGUCCUCACCACCCUCCCUCCCCUUAUCACCGCCGCGUACAAACCACUCGCCGUCCUCUCCGCUCACGUCGGAUCUGUUUCUUCGCUUGCCCUCUGCGGCGAGUUCUUGCUAAGUGCGUCUCAGGGGAAAGACAUCAUCGUCUGGCAACAGCCAGAUCUCAAGAUCUUCGCGAAGUUCGGACAAGGAGACGGGUCCGUGAAGGCUUUGGUCAGCGUGGGAAGCAAAGUGUUCACCGCUCAUCAAGACAGCAGAAUCAGAGUCUGGAAAGUAUCUCGGAGAAGCUCCGAGAACGCUUUCCGCCUUGUCGACACGCUCCCGACGACUAAAGAUUACUUGGGGAAGUUUAUGAAACAGAGUAACUACGUUCAGACAAGGAGGAACCAUAAGCGUCUCUGGAUAGAACACGCGGACAGCAUCUCGUGCCUUGCGGUCCACGCAGGAAUAAUCUACUCAGGGUCGUGGGACAAGACUCUCAAAGUUUGGAGAUUGUCGGAUCUCAAGUGUCUUGAGUCGAUCAAGGCACAUGAUGAUGCCAUUAACGGUCUUUUCGCCGGAGAUGGUAGAGUGUACUCCGCGUCUGCGGACGGGAAGAUCAAGAUUUGGGGGAAGGAGAAGAAAAAGCAGACGGGCUCGUCUUUGUCUUCUCAUUCUUCUUCUUCUUCUUGUUCACAUGUUCUGAAGGCGACACUGGAGGGUCGUGCGGAGGUUUCGGUGAACUCGGUGGUGGUUUCCGGCGACGGGAAGUGGGUAUACGGAGGAGGGUCAGAUGGGUUUGUGAUGGGAUGGGAGAAGAGAGAGAAAGGAGGAGACUUUGAGGAGUGGAAGUUAGGGUUUGAGAUGAGAGGACAUAAGAUGGCGGUUCUGUGUAUGUGUCUGGUUGGGGAAAUGGUGUGCAGUGGAUCGGCUGAUAAGAGCAUUGGAAUGUGGAAGAGAGAAGGGAGUGGUAAGCUCUGUAAAUUUGGAGUCAUACAAGGGCAUGAAGGUCCGGUGAAAUGCUUGCAAGCUUCUCCCAACAAUGUGGGUGCUGGAUUCAUGCUUUACAGUGGAGGUCUUGACAAGAGCAUUAGGGUUUGGUGGGUGCCAAAACAAGACAACUUAGAAGAAGAGAAGAAGAAUACAAGUUUUAAAACAUUGUUGAUGCAGCAGGAAUGAGUGGAAGAUAUUUUAUUUGGUAUUAUAUUUUUGUGGGUUUUCAUAUACGUUUUGGUUGAUAUUUGUAAUUUGUUAUUCGAUUUGUAAAGUCAAGAGUUUUUUCCUC